AUGGCAAGCAAGAAGAAGGAAGUUCAGCUACAGACAGUAAUACUUACUCAAGAACAAUGGGAAGAAAUGUUGCUGAAGAAAGGUCUAAUAGUAGUAGACGUAUAUCAGGCUUGGUGCGGACCUUGCAAAGCUGUCUUGAGCUUAUUCAGAAAACUAAAAAAUGAAUAUGGUGAAGAUGAUCUUCUGCACUUUGCGGUGGCAGAGGCUAACAGCAUUCCGAGUCUGCUCCCCUUUAAAGAUAAAUGUGAACCCGCUUUUAUCUUCUGUGUGGAUGGCAAGAUGGUAGAUAUUGUGAGAGGCGCGAAUGGACCUCUUCUGUGUAGAAAAGUCAUAGAGAUGGUAGAACGAGAGAGAAGAAUCGUAGCAGGAGAAGAACAAAGACCAGAGUUGCCAGAACUUCUGUUUGUGGAGGAGAAAGAAUCCGAUGAAGAACUUGUAGAAGAAGAAGCUAUCGAGGAGGAAAAAUACACUGUUGUGAUCAUAAAACCUGAUGCGGUUGAAGCAGGAAAAGUUGAAGAAAUUAAACAAACGAUUACAGAAGCAGGCUUUAACAUUCUUGCAGAAGCCCUGAGGACAUUAACAGAUGAGCAAGUUAGGGAUUUUUAUCUAGACAAAUCAGAAGAGCUUGACUUUGAAGAGUUUGUUUCGUUUAUGCUGUCUGGACCAUGCCAUGUACUGAUCGUUUCUGAAGGAAAGCAAACACACGAGGUUAUGCCUUAUUUACAAGAAUUGGGCCAAGCUAUAUCAGAUUUAUGUGACGUUCAUGACAGAGUGGAAGAAGCAAGCCGGGAACUGGCCUUCUUUUUUCCUGAUUUUUCCAAGCCGAAAAAAGGCCCAGCUCUUGAAAAAACAGUGGCCUUGAUUAGACCUUCUCUCUUGAGGGAAAGGAGAGAUUCUAUUCUGAAAAGGAUUGAGGAGGAUGGCUUUCAGAUAGCAAUGCAAAGAGAAAUCGUCCUAACAGAAGAGCAAGCUCGUGAGUUUUACAAAGAGCAUGAAGGUCAAGAUUAUUUCCCAGCUCUCCUGGAACAAAUGACCAGUGGACCAACUCUUGCACUCGCUUUGGUACGAGAAAAUGCAAUACAGAAAUGGAGAAGUUUACUGGGCCCAAAGAUAGUAGAGGAAGCAAAGGAACAAUGUCCAACAAGUUUACGCGCCGAAUUUGCAAUCGACAAUGCACCCAUUAAUCAACUGCAUGGAAGCACAACUUCUGAACAAGCUGCAAAGGAACUGGAAUUCUUCUUCCCUGUGCAAAAUACUUUUGCUGUCAUUAAACCCACUGCUUUUGAGGAGCACAAAGAUGAAAUUAUACAAGAAGUAAAAGAGGCUGGAUUCAUCAUAUCUGAAAUGAAAGAAACAAACAUAUCCCCCGAGUUGGCAGCACAGUUUUAUAAAAACCAAGAAGGAAAACCCUUUUAUGAUCAGCUUAUAAAUUAUAUGUCUGAAGGCCCGUCAAUGGUAAUGAUUCUAACCAAAGAAAACGCUGUGGAAGAAUGGCGGCAAUUAAUGGGACCGACGGAUCCAGAACAAGCAAAAGAAAUCAAACCCAAAUCAUUACGGGCUAAAUUUGCAAAAGAUAUUUUGCGCAACGCUGUUCAUGGAUCGUCUAAUGAAGAACAUGCUGAGCAGAGCAUUAAUUUUGUCUUUGGAGAUAUUGAUCUAGAGGACCUAAAACACAAAUAUGUCUAUGUUUAG